GGGCAUUGUUAUAUUAAAACAUAUGAUAUAGUGUUUUGUUUUCUAUAGUGUUUUGUAGCUACAGUGCACUGUUACAAUUUCACUAAAAGCUUCAUCUUUCGUUAAUUAAACUUCUUCAUGAAGGCUAGCAUACUUCCUCGUGAACUUCGGGGGUGCCGGGCAUGCCUCAGCUGCUCACUGAUAAAGACCUUCGACCAGUUCGAGCAGGAGGGCUGCGAAAAUUGCGAACAGUUCCUGCACCUCAAGAAGAACAGAGACAACGUCCACGACUGCACUAGCGCCAACUUCGACGGGUUCAUCGGGAUGAGCUGCCCCGAGGACAGCUGGGUCGCCAAGUGGCAGAGGAUGACCACCUUCGUUCCUGGGGUCUACGCCAUUUCGGUGGCUGGGACCCUCCCGCCACACAUCAUCCGCGAGAUGAAGAAGAAGGAUAGAGUAUACAGGUCCAGGGAUACCAGUUUGCGCUGAUGAUCUGUAUUGGGAAUCAGGCAGUUUUCCUUAUUGGUAUAGUGAAUGGUUUUUAAAAAAAAUGAUCAUUUAUUUUAUUGUUAAUAAAAUUAAGUAGAAGAUAUUUCUAAUAAUAAGUUUUAAAACUGAAGACUAUUAUAUUGUAUUAAUAUGUAAAUUAAAAAAACAGAUAAAUUUUGAUUUUUUCAUAUUAGUUGAUUUUGAUGAAUUAGUUCUUAAGA